ACACUGCCAGGUGACUCCCACUUCAAUUACAGAACCUCUAUUAUCCCACGAGGAGAAAACACAGGCAUCAGGAUAGGUGGAUGGAGAUAAUAUUUACACAGAAAAUACUUGAUGGUUGUAAUUAUUCAUGGGAGCGUCUGAAUAAUUUUGAAUUGUUUUGCAAACAAAGUUCUCUUUGGUGCCGCACCUACUCAAGUAAAAAUAAAUUCUAUCUGAUUAUCUCUAGCACAAUUAGGUAAUUAAUUUGAAAGUGAAUUAUAUUCACACAUUUAUACCUGACCAGUUCACAAUUCCUUUUCACAACAUGCAGUUUCCUAAAGUUUGCCAUAAGUACUUCAGUAGAGCAAAGUACAGCUCAUAUAGUUUACAUCCAACAUGAACCCAACACUGUGUUCUUUGUUUCACCCCUGCCUUCUAUCCUUUUACCACCAUCACUCAAUUUGAAAUGGUAAAACUAGCAACCUUUGAGAAAGAUUGCAAUACAGUGGCAAAAAGACUAAUAAAUGCAAAAUCUCUUUACUGCCAGUGUUUAAUAAAAGAAGCAGAUAUCACUGGGAUUUUAGCACUGCACACCUGAUCAUAGUACAUAAUAAUGACAUAUCUAUGAAAACAGUUACCAUUUCUUCAAAUGUUAUGAUCAUUGUGCAUUCAAUGUAAUUCUCCCUUUCCAGAACCUAAAACAAACUCGUUAUAUUAAAUGAUUUCACUGACAUUCCUGAAAAGAUUAAAUAUGAGAGCAGACUAGCCAAUAAUAUAAAGCAGGAUACCAAAAACUUUUUCCAGUUUUAUAAAAAAGUAAAAGGGAGGUGAGAGUUGAUAUUGGACCACUGGAAAAUGAUGCUGGUGAGGUAGUAACGGAGGAGAAAGAAAUGGCAGAUGAACUUAAUGGGCACUUUGCAUCUGUCUUCACUGUGGAAAACACUAGAAGUGUGCUAGAGGUCCAUGCAUGUCAGGGAGCAGGACUGAGUGCCAAUGCUAUUACAAAGGAAAAAGUGCUAGGCAAACUCAAAGGUCUAAAGGUGGAUAAGUCACCUGGACCAGAUGGACUACAGCCCUCUUGAGACAGGUUGCUGAAGAGAUAACAGAUGCAUUGGUCAUGAUCUUUCAAGAAUCACUUGAUUCUGGCAUGGUCCCGGAGGACUAGAAGAUUGCAAAUGUCGCUCCACUCUUUAAGAAGGGAGGAAGGCAAAGGAAAUUAUAGGCCAGUUAGCCUACCCUCAUAUGUAAUCAUGUCUCUGCACAUCUCUAACCAUAAAAACAGUUGCCAAAAUAACUGAGAGAUACCCACUGUGUGCAAGGAAGAUCAAGUUAGGUGCCAAUUCAGGUGGGGAGGGUGUAAGAGAGGGGUAGUGAGUGAACCAGACAGAAGGAAUCAAAACACUGAGACUGCAGGGAUUAGAAAUGAGAGCUUGAAUCAACAUUGGUUCCUAAAGAAGGGUGGGGGACAUAGAGAAAGUGAGGGUCAGCUGCUGGAGGCAUGGGGCAGAGGGAGAAGAGGUGGUCAACAAUUAGGACUGAGUGUUGUAGGUUAGCAAGCGCAGGGGCCGCACUUGGUCAUCUAGAAAUGGAAUCAGACGAAGAAAAGAUCUGAGGGAUUAAUAACUGGCAUGGGGAUGGGAAAUGAUAAAUUAAGUGAUAAUGUUUGGAGACGGGAUUUCCGGUACCAUUUUCCUAAUCCAAGGGAAAACCUCCAUUUAGUAGAUUAUUUAAAGAGGACCUACCAAAGUAAGAGCCCAUGAUCAGCCUCCCUUCCCUGGAUUCUGUCUAGACUUCUCACUGCCUGGGUAUAGCAGUCACCCACCCAGGACAUUCUCUUUUCUCUGCCCCCCCCCCACCACCGGGCAUAACAUACCACAAGGCCCAAGGACAGCAUCUCACUGUUAUAAGUCUACUGAACACCUCACUGGUACAGUAAGAUGGACUCUGGACCUCACCAUCCACCUCAUUAUUGUCUGCACCCUAUUGCCUAACUGCAGUGCAUUUUUUUCCCCUGUAACUGUGACACUUUAUUCUGCUGUUGCUGUUUUCCUUUGCACUACCGGCAAUGUCCUGUUCUAAUGAAUUGAUCUGUAUGGAUGGUAUGCAAGACAAGUUUUUAAAAACUGUACUUCAUUACAUAAAUUCCUGCCUGUGGCCAUCAAACUUUACAACUCCUCCCUUGGAGGGUCAGACACCCUGAGCCAAUAGGCUGGUCCUGGACUUAUUUCCUGGCAUAAUUUACAUAUUACUAUUUAAUUAUUUAUGGUUUUAUUACUAUUUAAUUAUUUAUGGUGCAACUGUAACGAAAACCAAUUUCCCUCGGGAUCAAUAAAGUAUGCCUAUGACUAAAUAGUAACAUUUAUGUACCGAGGUAUAAACCAAGUUACCACUUCUCACACAAACUAGAAUUCACUUUCCUCGAGGAUAGAGGAAACCUUGUAUCAGGAGUUACAAAACAAAUUGGGUAAGCACUUGAGAGGGGCAAGUUUUCAGGACUGGCAGGAAAGAACGGGGGAAAGGGAUGACGGAUUCCUCUCCAAUGAACUGGCAAACCAUUCUAUGAGUCAAAUGGCCUCUAUCUGUUCCACAAUUGCAUUGCUAUCAGCCAGAAAGUGGAAGAAUCUGUAUGUCUAAUCUGCACCAGUACGUCACUAACUAAAAACCACACAGGAGCAACACGAAGUAGCGGAAUCGCUUCGAAUGCAAAGCCUUUUAAAAAGCACGGGGAAAAAGUACCAUUCCUGCAUUCAACACCCCCUUCCUCUAUCUUCUUCCCCCAUCUCUCCCUCCUCCUAGUCCCUUACCCCGCUCCUUUUCUUUCCCUCUUCCCCCAGCUCCCCAUGUCGUUACAAGCCAGAACCCACCACCUACCGGAAGUGUGCGAUGGAAAUGUUGUUCGGCGGCGCAUCCAGAGCCCGUCCGCCUGGUCCGGGAUCGAGCAACAAUUGCUGCCGUCCGACUUGCUGCAUUUUACAGUAUCAGCAAAUGCUGCCGUGCUGCAAGAUGGGUUGAAGAAAAACUUUGCAGAGGUUCAAGUAUCAGUGGUGGACUGCCCAGAUCUUACACAGGAACCCUUCACUUUUGCCGCUGCAGGUCUAUGUGGGAAACCCAGAAUAGCAGACGUGGGUGGAGUUCCUUACCUUUUACCCCUUCCACAAAUGGAUAAGAUCUAUAAUCUCAAUACUGUCGCAGAGCAGGUGGAACUGCCUGGUGCCUUCCUCCUUGGAGCCAGUGCAGUGUCGUUUAAAGCUGUUGGUGUGAAUGCAGAGCUUAUGCCUAAUGUCUUCGCUAAAGGAAAUGGGAAACCUGAGGUGAAUCACAGUUACAGUGCCAGAAUAGACCCAGCCACAGGUGGGUUUAUCCUGGAGAAAUAUGGGGAAAAGUAUAAGACCUGCGAUUUUGCAUUACUGGCUAAUUUGUACAUCAGUGAAGGGAAACCUGGAAAGGUUGUGGAAGUAAGGAGUUGUAGAAGAACAGGACAAAGUAACUUCGUAAGCUGCAUGAGAGAAGCACUUGCAAAACAAUUUGGAGAUAAACCUGUAGCAAUGGGAGGGACAUUCCUCAUUCAGAAGGGAAAGACCAAGAUUCAUGUUAUGCCUGACUUUUCUCCCUGUCCUCUGAACAGUGAUGAGGAGGUAAUCAAUUGGCUGAAAUUCUUCGACAUGAGUGCUCCCCUCAUCUGCCAGUCAGUGUUUGUGUCUCAUGACCUGGGAUUUGAUCUCCGGGUUGAACAUACCCAUUGCUUCAGCCAUCAUGGAGAGGGUGGACAUUACCACUACGACACCACCCCGGAAACUGUGGAAUACCUGGGCUACUUCCUGCCAGCAGACUUCCUUUAUCGCAUUGAUCGACCAAAGAAAACUUAAAUUGGACGUGAUUAGCAGCAUUUCUAGCCAAUCAUUUUGAAACUAUGGAAACAUUCUCAGUUCCUAGACAGAGCUGAAUGUUGAAACAUCCAUGCCAUUGUAAUGAUUUCCAUAAAAUGUCUUGAUAAGGAUUACGGUUACAUAUAAAGACGAAUGUACUAAAUUUCCCCAUUAUGUUUGGUUUAGUGUGAAAUGAUAAUUAUGCCAUUUAUGGUCCAUUUGGAUUGUCUGGUGAGUGAAUUUAAAGUGCGUGAAUCUUGGCUAAAGUAUUAGUGAUUACAGGGUUUUCAGUGACAGCGAAGUGAAUUUGAAGUCAUUAUUGUGAUCUAUUUUUUUCCAUAGUUUAAUGGUAAAUGCAGGUUAAAGCUGGGCAUGAAAAUGGAUCGUUGAUUGACAUGGUGUCUAAUUUGUACAGAAUACUGUUCAGAAUUGUGUCGUAAAUUGCAGUUGUAUGAAAUAAAUGUAAGUGCCCCUGUUGAAGUGAAUGCUUAAGGACAUUUUUACUAUUUAUGGCUCAGAAUUAAGAUUCAACAACUUAGAGCCUCCGGGAUCCGUUACUUGUGAAUAAAAAGUACAGUAGAUAGAAA